GUCCUUCUUGAGCUCAAUUGCAUACUGCGUUCCUUCCAUUUUAACGCUUCCCACCUCUCCUUCUCCAAUUCAAUCACCACCUGACGAUAAUGAGUACGAAAAUCAUACCUGCACGCGGCGGCGCUCAAAGUAAACCGCCUUCGAGUGGCCUCCCUAAUCAAACUUUAUAUUGUACAAAUCUACCGGACAAACUUCGGAAACAUGAUUUGCGACUGUCCCUCUACAUGCUUUUCUCCACCUACGGCACUGUUCUAGAUGUUGUCGCGAUGAAAACCGAGAAAAUGCGUGGCCAGGCUCAUAUUGUGUUCAAGGAUGUCCAAGCUAGUACGCAAGCUAUGCGCGCUCUUCAGGGUUUCGAGUUCUUUGGCAAGCAAAUGAAAAUUAUGUAUGCCAAAGGCACUUCAGACGUUAUCGCGAGACUUCGUGGAACCUAUAACCUGUCGGUCACUACCUCCAGUGGGCAAGCUGUGGCGGCGUCUACUGAGCUGCAAAAGUCAAUCUUUAGCGGACCUCCUGGGUCAGCAACACUGCCCCCGAAACAUACCGGGGAGGUCAACGGAGAGGAGCCGACAGCUCACGGGUUAAAAAGGCCGCGUGAGGAAGAAAGUGACGAAGAGGAUGCUCCCAUGGAUGAAGAUAGUGAUGUUCCUAUGGAAGCAUCCUCCGACGAAGACUAAGUCCCCAAAUAGUGCCCCAAGGCAUAUGCGCUCCUGGUCUCUGUUGGUCGACCGAGUUCCGGGGACAUGUCAGUCUAGAAGUGCUCUGAAAGCUGAAUCUGCGAGUCAAGACCUCGAAUUCCCUCGCAACUCAUCUGUCGCGAAGAAAUCCCUUGGCAGCUGAAGACCCAACCGAUUUCCGACUAAUCCGAGCCAAAUGAUGAGAUACGUCUCGGGGGUGACACGCCGGUGUCCUGCGAUUUGCCUCAUAACAUCCGCAGUGUUGCACGGGUGGACGAAGAAUGCUGGAGUUCCGGAUUCUGGAUGAUACUACAAAUUAUAAGCUCUAGCUUGAGUUAGGGUUCUGAAUACUUGCACAUACACCCAGACUAAUCCCACCCAUGACACCCACGCUUUGGAGUUCCUCUCUGUAUUGGCUCGGUACCAAAUAUUGGUAAACUGCGUCGAUCCCCAACGGUCCGGGAUGAUCAGUCGGCCGUAAGUUG